UAUAGCUAAAGUGUGUGUUUGGUGAAAUCAGCGCGGAGAGUGAGUCUCAGAUCCAGCUCUGCUCUAUUUACAAAUACUGGAGUUAAAUCCUUCAACAUUUACGAGCUGUGGAGUAAUUUGUCUUCUAUAUGGGAUCAGUAUCAUUCUCAAUUCAAUUGACGUUGUUCACAUAUUAAAUAUAUUUAAUAGGACAGUUUUUUCUGUUAUUUUGUGGCUUUAACUCGUUUCCUAGCCUGCAAGCUAGCUGCUUGUGCUAGUGCUUUAAUGAAAAAAAAAAAAAAGGAGCAUACGUUUCAGGAAGUUCUUAUCAUUUUUUAUUUUUUUUUUUAAAGCUUGUUUAGAACUCUGGCACAUACAUUUGUCCCAGUUAAACAUUCUCUCAAUUACAAUAUUUAUUUCCUCAUAUAGGAUUUGUUAUUGUGCAGAAGUGAACUGAAAUGUAAUAUACAAGUGAAUGCAUUUCAUUGUGGACACUGUAGCUGUGUGACAAAACCUAGUGAGUUGCCUACUUAGACUUUUUGGCCUUAUAGGCAUGUUUCAUGUAGUUCUCCUCUAUGCUCCAGCUGCGGCCAGUGGAGGAGGAUGAAUCAGCUAUUGAAAGUUUGGAGCUGAAUCGAGCUGUGGCUGAUGAUGACCACUUUCUGUUGGCUGAGCUGCUGUCACAAGAACAUUACAGGAAGUGCAUUAAUCAGCAGAGUGGUUGGGGCAUCCCAGGUACCCCGUUACGUAUGGCUGCAUCUAAAGGUCACCUGAAGUGCCUGCAGUUGCUCCUGGCACAUGGGGCUGAGGUGGACCGUCUAGAUGUGAAGGCCCAGACUCCUCUUUUUACUGCAGUGUGCGGGCGUUACCUGAGCUGUGUCCUCGCCCUGCUCCGUGCUGGGGCUAACCCUAACGGAAGUCAUUUGAACAACAGCUCACCUGUGCUCACCGCCGCUCGGGAGGGCGAUCCGAAGAUCCUCCGCCAUCUUCUUCAGCAUGGGGCCGAGGUCAACGCCAGGUCAAAGGUGACAUUGUGGGCUUCAGGGGUUGCAGUGUGCAGCGGGCCUCUUUACCUGUCAGCCAUAUAUGGACACCUGGACUGCUUUAAAAUGUUACUGUUGUACGGGGCGGAUCCAAACUAUAAUAGUCCGGAAGAGAAGGUUAUCGGCAAGGCCACGCAGCAGAAGACAGUACUGGAAUUAUGCUUGAGACAUGGCUGUGGAGUCGAAUACAUUCAGCUGCUCAUAGAUUUUGGGGCCAAUGUGUACCUGCCUACUCUCAUUAUAGAGAAGAGCACCAAACAGAAUGAAGCUGUUGAACUACUGCUGAAAGAGCGAGGUUGUCCAAAGUCUUUGACAUCUCAGUGUAGGUUGGCCAUCCGUAAACACCUGAAACAGGUGAACAGGAUACAGUCUAUAGGCUCUCUUGAGGUUCCACCCAGGCUCAUCAACUAUCUCAAACACAAGCCCAUAAACAGCACACUGGUUUACUGACAAGCCAGUGCACACUCUUUAGUGAAGGACAGAUUCAAGACAGACAUUUAUUCAAUCUCACAGGUGGUUCGACACACUGCUAACAGCCCCAGUUUACAUCUAUGGAGUGUAUUAAACUGAAACACCUUUAUGCAUUAAUUUACUUGAAUGCCAUUCAAAUUAGACUAUAAUGUAUAGCAGUUCUUCCUUUAAAAUAUAAUUUGGAGAUUUUUAUUUCUCAAUCAAAAUUCAACUGUUGUAAAAUGUUUGUUUUUUACUGGUUCAUUUGAUUUUGUAGAUCACAUAGUGUGUUUAAUUAUGAAGUCCGAUUCUUUUUGUGUAAUGACGUCACUGUACAUAAUGCAAAUAUGCUGGUGUCAUAGAAUACACACUCAAAGACAUUCAAUAAAUCAAUGUGUACAUGCAUAUUGCUGAUUAUUACAUUUGAAUUAAGUUAUAAUAAUAAGGGUGUUUAUUGUCAUCAGUGUUUUAUUCAGUGAUCUUACAAUACAUCCUGCAUUAAAGGUUUGCACCUAAAGCACCCAAUACUGACAGUGAUAUACAAACGCGAAUGUUCUACACAUGUCUAAAGCAUAAAAAGUGAUUAAACUAGUCUUAAUCAACUCACCCUUUUUUUUACAGAAACCAUAAUCCAGCUCAUCACAACUUCAGAUAUAAUCUGCAUGCACAAUGCUCAAUAAUAAAAUUUGUUUACAACUCUCGACUGAAAUGUUUAGCCCCCUCAUUCAAGUCCUCGGUUCACGCAUGCUCAUCAGCUGCUCACUGAUCAGCAGUUCUCAGUAUUAUGUCCGAAAGAGGCAAUUCUCAGUUCAGUGUACUGGUGACUCGCAAACUGCUGUGAUUGACUCAAUGUACUGUUGACGCGAGAGCUACUGUCCCGGGAUCAGUGUACUGUUGACUCGAGAACUGCUGUGAACAACUCGACGUACUGUUGGCACGAGAGCUGCUGUCCUUGGAUCAGUUUACUGGUGACUCGCGAAAUGCUGUGAUCGACUCAAUGUACUUUUGACGCAAGAGCUACUGUCCCGGGAUCAGUGUUUUUCAACUUUUAUUAAUCUUAGUAUGAUAUAUUUAAUCUCUGUUGUGAUGUAUUUGUCUCUAUAAAUACUUUGUGUGGAGCAGAUGUGCUCUUUCAACAGAACAGCUGUCAUAUAAUCAACAAGUGGUGGAACAAAAUGUAGUUCAUUCGGUUUCUUCUGCAGUUAAAGGGUUUGGGUUUCUUCAAAAUGAACAUAUUUUGCAGAGCAACAGCAAGAUAUAGAAAACAACACAGACCUUGCUAGUUCAGAAAUGAUUUCCCACUUAAAAUGAUAGAACAUUGAUAGAAAUGGGAUAUACACAUUCUUUUCAGCAUUUUUUUUCUUCUUUUUUUUCUUUUUUUAAAUUUUUUUUUUUAUUAUCCUGUUUAAAUAAUGUACAACCUCUGGCUUAAUAAAACUGAACUGAUGAACCGAACGUUUAA